AAUAGACUGCGUGUGAGGGCCAAAACUUGAAGAUCAAGUAGAAAGAGACGGACAAUAGGUGCCGAGUAUCUUUCUCUCUCACACAAGGAAAGGAGUGGGGAAAGAGUGGGGAGCGAAAAAGAAUAGUGAAACAGCUGUAUGCGGUUGAAAAGAGGUGCGUAGUCGGUUCCCAGUUUAUUUGCUGCACGAUUCAGGAGAUGCUCUGCUUUAUUUAUUUAAAGUUAGUAUCAACGUAUUGUUACGCGCUUAAUUUCCCUGCGAUCACAGGCGCAUGUCGGUCAUAGCAGGAUUAAGGGUAGCGUGAAGUUAAUCGAAUCCGUCGACGCAUCAUAGCAUAUACAUAUUCACGGAGAAAACAAGGAAUAAAAUAAUUUAAAAAAUAGUUACUACGUGCUGUAUUUGUGGUGUGGAAGAAAACCCUCUUUAUCCACGAUCAUUUCAUAAAAUCCUAAAAAAUGAAGAAAUGCGAAAAAAAUGGUUUCACGUUAUUGACCGUGAUGUAUCUUACAAAGGAGUAAAAACAAAGGAGCAGUGACCACUUUACAAAAAAUGACUAUCAUGAAAUGAAUGAAUAUAAACAAAAUAAAAUAUUGAGAAAGACUGCAGUUCCAUUAAUUCUUGUGGAAGAAAAUUGUAAACAUGUGGAGAAGGAUACAGAUACCAAUUUAAGCACAGAUAUAAAUACAAAUACAGCAGAAAAUAAUGACAUAGACAAUAAAAGAAAUAGUGAAAAUAUGAGUAAGAAUUCCAUUAUGGACACAGAUGCAGAUAUACAUACACAUGUAGCAGAAGAUGUUAAUAACAUAAACAUCCAUAGCAACCAUAGUAAUAAUCACAGUAGAAAAAGGAAAUUGUCACAAGAGAAUUUUAGAAACUCAAAAAUUAAAAAAAUAUUUGUAAACACUUCUAAACAUGCUACAAAAUGCUUCCGUAAAACAGAUUUUGUGUCUGAUGCAAAAUGGGAACAGUUUGUAAGAUAUGUGUCAUAUAUUCGAAAUGAAACAAAAAAUAUGUGGCAAAAGAAAAACCGUAUGCAAAAGAAAGUUUUAACUUAUAAAGAUUUGCUUCAGGACCUGAAAAGUAAAAACUUUAUAACAAAUAAUAGUAUAGAUGCAAUCAAAGUAAGUUGAGUUUAGCUAUUUUCCAUUCGCAGAAAGAUUUGAAAUUCACAUUGUCCACAAUGUUUAUUCUUUUAUAAGAAAGUUCAUGAUAACUCUCCAAUCACAAUGUAACUUCAUCAUAAUAUUAACUCUUAUAGAAAGGUCCAUGAUAAUGAAGCAAAUGAUAGAACAAUACUUGAUUUCUACAUCAUGUUAAAAAUAUGAUAUAACAAAUAUUGUGCGUAUACAUAUACCCUCUCAAUUUACAAAUCUACAAAUGCACUAAUGAUGUUAUAUCUUCGUUCUAAAUAAGUUAUUAUGUAUAUGUCUAUGCGUACAACUAUUUGUCUCCUUGAUUUCUUCUGUUUUCAUAUCUAUAUUUUGUACUUCCUUUUUCUUUAUUUAGGAUAUAUUGUCACCUGUUAUGCAACAGUUGCUACUUACAAUGUUAAAUAAGAAGCGAAAAAAGUCGUUCCCCGAAAGUUUAAAAAGUUUUGCAUGCACGUUACAUUUUCAUUCGCCUGCAGCAUAUUUGUAUGUAAGAAAAAUGUUUUUAAAAAGUUUACCUCACCCCAGUACACUGCGCAAGCAGACAAUUCGUAGCAAUUUCGGUAUAUCUGAACAAUCGUUUAAAACUAAACUCGAUAAGGUGCAAAAUGCUAGAGAGAAAGGAAAAAACUUAGUUUUCAAUAUAACUUUUGAUGAAAUGAAUAUUAAGAAAAAAGUUGGGACGGCAAAGAAUUACACGAUUUUAUUGAAACGGGUAUUAAAGAUAGUAAGUCUGACAGUCUGCCACUUGCUACCCAUAUUCUUUUUUUUAUGUUAGUGUGCAUAAAUGAUCAUUUUAAAAUCCCAAUUGCAUUUUAUGUUAUCGAGGCAUUAAAUGGUAAGGAAAAAGCAAAUUUGUUAAAUAACAUUUUAAGUAUUCUCCAUGAAAAAGCAAUUUACGUUGUUAGUAUUACAUUUGAUGGAGCAACUUCUAAUAUUGCAAUGUGCGAGAUACUAGGCGCACAGUUAAAACAUGUCAAUUUUGAACAUAUGUUCCAUAUUUUAAGCAUCCUAUUGACAAAUCUAAAAUUAUUUAUAUUUUUUAUGAUGCAUGUCACAUGUUGAAGCUUGUGAGGAAUGCAAUUAGUAAAGGGGUUAUUAAAGAUAAAGACAAAAAUGUAAUAAGUUGGAACUUUCUGAAAGAAUUAGUAAAUAUGCAAACUGUGGAAAAAUUACAUGUUGCCAAUAAAAUGCGAAAAAGACA